UGGUUUUUAAACUAAGUUACUAAAUAUAUAUUUUAAUGUCACCUCAUAAUUUUGUUGAUAAAUUCUGUACUAAAAGUAAAAAUUGAAGGAAAUAAAGGUGACAACCAAGAAAAUAUCCUGAAUAUUAAGGCUUAAACUAUAACAAUUAGUCUUUAAUUAUAUCUACCAAAUUUGCAGUUCUAUGAAAUGAUAAAGCAUUUAAAAUCAUGGCCAAAAAAGAAAAACUUGAGAGGAAAGAGAGAAGUAUGGUGGGUCAAGGUUGCCAAUUUUAGAGGCGAAAAUCUGCAUAUCAUAGUUAUUUUUAAGAUCCAAGAAGCUCAGUUGAGCAAAAUCAGCAGAUAACAACCAUACAAUCAAAUCAGUGGAAGCCUUGAUUACAGCAAAAGUUGUUAUCAGAUCCACAAAUUCUACAAACCCACCAAUCAUCAUCCACUUCACAUCCCUAUAUAAAACUACAGAAUGUGUAAUCUAAACAUCGCAAAACAAAGGGUCUUCUCCCUUUUAGUUCUGUUCUUCUAUUUCAUUUCUGUUUUUAAUUUUUCUUUGAAAAAAACAAAAACAUAUUACAUCUUGGUUUCAGCAUUUAUUUAACAUUUGAGAGAAGUGUCCAAGAUGGCUGGAGGUGGAUUUGUUUCUCAAGGCGGUAGUAAACAACAUGCCGGAGAAGUCAAUAAUUUUGUUAUUAUCACUUGUUUGGUUGCCGCUAUGGGCGGUCUCAUCUUUGGAUAUGAUCUCGGAAUCUCAGGUGGGGUGACUUCAAUGGCACCUUUCCUCCAGAAGUUUUUCCCGGCAGUUUAUGAACAAGAAGCCAAGGCACAAGGAGGAAACCAAUACUGCAAGUUUGACAGCCAGCUACUGACACUAUUCACAUCUUCAUUAUACUUGGCAGCAUUAGUUGCUUCCUUCUUUGCUUCAAUGAUUACCAGAAUGUUUGGAAGGAAAAUGUCUAUGCUCGUUGGUGGCUUAGUGUUCUUGUUGGGUUCAAUCUUAAACGGGGCUGCUAUGAACAUUGCAAUGCUAAUCAUCGGUCGACUGUUACUCGGUUUUGGUAUUGGCUUUGCCAAUCAGUCUGUUCCAGUUUAUCUAUCGGAAAUGGCACCAGCCAAGAUUCGAGGAGCCCUGAACAUUGGUUUCCAAAUGGCCAUUACCCUAGGCAUUUUGGUUGCAAAUCUUGUCAACUAUGGAACGGCUCAAAUUAAAAGUGGAUGGGGAUGGAGGCUUUCUUUAGCUCUUGCAGCUGUUCCUGCAAUCAUGAUGACCGUUGGAGCAUUCUUUCUACCCGACACUCCUAACUCAAUCCUUGAGCGUGGCAACAUGGAGAAGGCAAAGGCAAUGUUGCAAAAGAUUCGAGGUUUGGAUAAUGUGGAUGAGGAAUUUCAAGAUCUUGUUGAUGCAUGUGAGGCUGCAAAGAAAGUGCAACACCCGUGGAAGAACAUCUUACAACCAAGAUAUAGACCUCAACUUGUCAUUUGCGUGGUCAUCCCAUUCUUCCAACAGCUCACAGGAAUCAAUGUGAUCACAUUUUACGCACCUGUUCUCUACAAAACUCUUGGUUUUGGUGACAGUGCUUCACUUAUGUCCGCUGUUAUAUCUGGUGUUGUCAAUGUCAUUGCAACAAUCGUAUCGAUUGUAACAGUCGACAGGUUUGGUCGAAAGGCCUUGUUCCUCGAAGGAGGCAUCCAGAUGUUUGUGUCCCAGCUUGCUGUGGGAGGCAUGAUAUGGAAAAGCUUCGGAGUGAAUGGUGAAGGAUCAAUGUCAGGAGGGAUAGAAGCAGAUAUCCUACUGGCUCUAAUCUGCGUAUAUGUGGCAGGAUUUGCAUGGUCUUGGGGUCCAUUGGGAUGGUUGGUACCUAGUGAAAUCUGCCCACUCGAGAUCCGAUCAGCAGGACAGGCAAUAAACGUGUCGGUUAACAUGUUCUGGACGUUCGUGAUUGGUCAACUGUUCCUCUCCAUGCUUUGCCACUUGAAGUUUGGUCUAUUCUUCUUCUUUGCAGGGUUUGUGGCUAUUAUGACAAUUUUCAUUUUCUGGUUCUUGCCUGAGACCAAGAACGUCCCAAUUGAGGAAAUGAACACAGUGUGGAAGGCACACUGGUUCUGGGGGAAGUUCAUCCCGGAUGAUGCAGUGAUUGGCCAUCAUGUAAGCAUGGAGCCUUAUGGCAAGGGUGUCUAAAUUUCAAGCAACAA